UGACAUAGCGCAUCCGGCUGCGUCACGUCCGAACACUCAAGCUCAAAAACAUGGCGUUGCUACUAAGGACGGUGGCCCGACAGGGUCUGUGUUUGUCACGAUCACAGUUCGGUGUACUCUACAGACCUGCAGUUCCUAUGGGAACUGCAGCAAAAAAGGAAAUUAACAAGUUUUGGGCAAAAAACACACAACUCAACCGACCUGUCUCCCCACAUAUAAGCAUCUACAAGUGGUCUGUCCCCAUGAUGAUGUCCAUCUCACACAGAGGAACAGGCGUAGCACUGAGUUCAGGAAUCUCUGUCUUUGCACUUGCUGCGUUGGUGUUACCUGAGAGUUACCCGUAUUACCUUGAUUUGAUUCACUCCAUGACUUUUGGGCCCCAGUUUUUUGCUUUCAGCAAAUUUGCUCUGGCCUUCCCAGUGGCUUACCACUCGUUCAACGGCAUCCGGCAUUUGGCGUGGGAUCUUGGGAAGGGUUUUAAGAUUCCUGAAGUCUAUCGUUCUGGCUACAUUGUCAUAGCUUUGACUGUUCUCACCUCGAUCGGUCUCGCUGCCAUGUAAAUCCAUAGACAUGACAGGACUGGGCGAGACACACAAAUGAAGAAGACGUGGACUUAGAGAAAGUGGUGUUCUUUUGUUUAUCUGUCUUAGAAGUGGUCUAGAAGUGCCAAAAAUUUAAAAAUUAUUUAUAAAAUAAAAAAUAUAUAUCAACCCAAAAAAUAUCCUCAGUGUUUCUCCAUGUUGAAUGCCUUGCACAUUGCUAAACUGGAAAAGAUGGGCAUAGCACUUAACUUGGCAUUUAAAAUGAACUUUAUAUAUGGAAAUGUGAGGAGUGGGCUGAGCAUUUGCCUUGUUUUAUUGUGUCACUGCAGUAUUUCCAAAUAUUGUUGACUUGUGUGUGCUUGAUUUUACUUCAGUUUAAUAAAAUCACUUUGGGUUGCAAAAGCCCUUCACAUUUACAUUCACAUUUAGUCAUUUUGCAGACGUUUUUAUCCAAAGCGAAUUACAAUUGGAUAUAUUCAAGCAGUUCUUAUUAAAGAUGCAAACAGAUACAGGAAGUGCUUAUAAUGCCAUAUUUUAGGCAUUGUUCAAAUAAGCUAGAAAGAGAAGGAAAAGUAUAGAGAAAGACACUUUAUUUUUUAUGAUGAAGUCAAGUAUCCUCAAAAGAGAUGAUUUUUUAGCUGCCGCUUGAAAAAAUUCAGGGAUUGAGUAUUCCAGAUAGGGCUGGGAAGAUCAUUCCACCAGCCAGGAAUGGUGAAUGAGAAUGUUCUGGAAAGUGAUUUUGAGCCUCUCUGUGAUGGUACCAUGAGGUGUCGCUCACUAGUGGAUCUCAGACUUCUGGAGGGGGUGUAGAUUCGUAAGAGUGAGUGGAAGUAGGCGCGUGCUGAGCAUGUGGCUGUUUUAUAUGCAAGCAUCAGUGUCUUGAACUUGAUGCGAACCACAACUGGUAGCCAGUGCAAGAAGAUAAAGAGAGACGUAACAUGGGCUUGUUGAAGACCAGUCGUGCGGCUGCAUUCUGAAUCAUUUGUAGAGGUUUGGUUGUGCUAGAUGGAAGUCCAGCCAGAAGAUAAUUGCGGUAGUCCAGCCUAAAAAUUACAAGGGCCUGUAGAAGAAGUUGUGCAGGAUGCUCCAAUAGGAAAGGCCUGAUCUUUCUUAUGUUGUGCAAUGCAAACCUGCAAGAUCGAGCAGUCUUUUCAACAAUUAAACAUCUAGACUCUGUAUAUGUGACAAAUGUUGUUGUGUGAUUUCCGCCCAGCAUUACUCAGUAAUGACAUGAAGAGGUGAAGAUCGUAGUAUGACUCACAUAAUGUUUUUCUCCAUUUAAUUUCCUGUUGCAUUUGCAUCUAUAAUGAUACUUUUUUGAGACAAUGCAUAUAAAACAUUUAUAUCUGUUGCCUUCAUGUGUCAUCAUGAUGGUACCGGUGAUGUUUCGUAGUAAGUUAACUGCUAAUAAGAAAGCGGGAUUAGAAUCUUGUUAGUAUUUUAAAUAAACCCAAAUGUUGAAAUCU